GACUUUAAUUAAAUUCAAUCGAAGCAAGAAGUGUCCUUUGUCCCUUGUAUGACUCUGCAAGAUGCUUAUUUGAACAAAGUUUUGAACAAGCAAUACUAACCACACGAAAAGAUUUAUAAUGAGCUGUCAGGAGAGCCUUCAAAAGUUAAAAGAUUUGUCUAUUGAAAUAAAGAGCGAUGAAACAUUCGUCAUUACAGAUCGUACUUAUCUACUAAAGACAUAUUCAUCUUGUUUUGUAGGGUCUGUCUUGGUUGACUGGUUGUUAUCGAAAGGUCACGCAUCGACACGGACUCAAGCUGUCAAAAUUGGCGAAGAUCUUCUCAAUGCCAAUCUUAUUCAUCAUGUAUUGGACAGACAUCAUUUUAAAGACAAUUAUCUAUUUUAUAGAUUCAAAGAAGAUGAUCCACCAAUGAAUGGUGAAUCUGGACCUAGUGUUGCUUCUUUAAGAAGUGAGUGUGGAGCAAAAUACUCCUGGGCAAAAAAACCUGGUGCUGUGUUCUCAUGCAAGCAUUAUUUUGUAUUAAAAAGUGCAGAUGACACUCUUUAUGAGUUUAAAUCUGAUUUGCAAGCAUCUCCUUACCAAAAAUACGAUCUUAAAGAUGCUUCUGUAAGCAUCGACAAUAGAGUUGAGAAUGGUGUUGUUUUGAAGCUAUCCAAUCUUCAAAUUGGAGUGUUGAAACUAGCUUUUGAGAAUGAAACUGAGGUGCUCUCAUGGUUGAAACAGUUUGAAAAGUCUGGUGUGAAUACUGUAUCUAGUGAAGAGGCAAUUGAUAACAAAAUCAAAAAUGCAAAGUCAAUUUAUGAGUUUGAAGCAAAAGACAUUGAUGGUGCAAUGGUCUCUCUCUCAACAUACAAAGGAUUUGUAACGUUAAUUGUUAACGUAGCAUCUUUCUGAGGGUUAACACCAAAGAACUACACUCAGUUAGUGGAGCUUCAUCAACGUUAUUCACAACACGGAUUGAGAAUUUUGGGAUUUCCAUGUAAUCAAUUUGGGAGUCAGGAACCAAAUUCAGAAGAAGAGAUUAAAAAAUUCGUAGCUGGCUAUAAUGUUGAGUUUGAUAUGUUUUCUAAAAUAAACGUGAAUGGUUCUAAUGCUUUGCCUCUGUAUAAAUAUUUAAAAAGUCAGUUGAAAGGUACUUUAGGAAGUUUCAUUAAGUGGAAUUUCGCGAAGUUUCUUUGCAAUCGAGAAGGAAAGCCAAUUAAACGUUAUUCUCCAACUACCGCUCCAAUGGAUCUAGUUUCCGACAUCGAAUCGUUGCUGUAGAGCUGUUUCUUCGAAUAUUGCUACAAGUUUAACAAAUUAUACAAAAUUUCCGAACUGAUGUUUCAUUAUAAAUAUGAAGACAAUUUCAUAAAUUACUUACAACUGUAAAUGAUUUUGUUGGAUGUUAUUUAUUUUUCGAGCAAACAGUUUCUUCUUUUACUGUGUACUAAAUAUAGAAAAACUCAUGAUAAUUGUUUCGUAGCCUGCUAUCGAUACUCCCAAUUGUAUGAAUACUAUCGCUAAAAUAUAUUCUGCAUGUGAGCAAGAAAUGAAAA